AUGUACAACGACAUCAUAUACCACCUCGUCCAGCGCCCCAUGGCGACCUUCACCACCCAAAGCAUCACUGCAGGUAUCGUCGCCUGGACUCAGUUGUUGCGGCAGCGCCCUGCCGCUCUCGCAUCUGUUAUUGGCGAGAUUUCUGCGGCUUGGCUGGAGACGAUCAAGAGUAAGAAGGGUCUAUUCAGCGCAGCUAUGGACUAUCACGACCCCUUCGUGGCCCCCGUCGAGUACUCGCCAAGUGACGAGAACAUCAUGAAUCUGGAGCUCUCCAAAGCCAGACGACUCCUUUCACCACAUCUUCUUCUCAUCAACUUCCUAUCCAGCCAGUACCAAACGGUCAAGCAGAGCGAGCCAGAGAUCGUAAUGCCCAUUAUCAGGCUUAUGAUGCGAUCCGUGGCGCCAACGUCACACAUGAGCACCCAUCCGCUCGCUCGAGAAGCUCGGUUCUCGCUCUUACUCUUUGGUUUCCGGAUUCUGGCGAGCGUCAGGCUCGAGACGCUGCUGGAACUCAGGCUACGAGAUCGGCUGUUUUCAGCUGCCUAUUCUUGGUUCUCCGUCCGUCCUCAAUGGUCCUUCGGCAGUAAUCGCGACAAAAUUGGGGCCGAAAUUCGCUUAUUGCAAGACUUCAUCUCUGCCGUCCGAUCCGACCAGAUACGCGCCGACCACUCCACGUCGUCCAUGAGUGAUCGUCCUCCGGCAAUCCUCAUCCAUGGAUCGACCGAUCUUCAGGACUACACUUCCCAACACACGGAUCGAGUCAAGCUGUUAUCCUUGCUCAUUGAGAACGAGAUUGCGCGUUUGGAGGUCUGGUCCAAUCCGUUAGCGGAGGGUGGAAGAUCAGUGGCGCAAGGUCAGAUAGAGAGGAGCAUGUCAACAGCGGAAUGGCCAAGGACUGUACGGAAAGCAUGGAGAAUAUCCCCAUCUAUGGCGGUCCAUUUGGGCGAACGCUUCAAGCACGCCAAUGUCCAGGCGGAGAUCACCAAGCUCGUCCGCGCCAAUCCAAAGCAGGUCGUUCACGUCCCAGAGGCUCUGCAUUAUGUCAUUGGGGACCACAUUGGGCCAGAGUCGAGGGCAGCAUUAAAGUGGCUGCCCGUCUGGGCACCUGUUCCGCCAGUCACUGCGCUUGUUUACUUCCAACCACGAUACCAAAACCACCCGCUCAUCUUGCAAUAUGGCAUGCGAGUACUGGAACAGCAUCCAGUCGAUGUUACCUUCUUCUUUGUUCCGCAAGUGGUGCAAGCUUUGAGAACGGACGCGCUCGGAUACGUCGAACGGUUCAUCUUCGAAACGUCCAAAAUUUCUCAGCUGUUCUGCCACCAGAUUAUAUGGAAUAUGAAGGCCAACACGUACCGAGGAGAUGACGGAGCCGAAGAGGAUCCGAUGAAACCCUUACUCGACCGGAUGAUCAACAUGAUCGUCGCAGGCCUCUCUGGCAAAGCAAAAGCCUUCUACGAUCUCGAGUUCAACUUCUUCUCCGAGGUCACGUCGAUCUCGGGCAAACUCAAGCCAUACAUCAAAAAGAGCAAGCCCGAGAAGAAGGCCAAAAUCGACGAGGAGAUGGCUCGGAUCGAGCUCUCGGUCGGUGUAUAUCUCCCCUCCAAUCCGGACGGGACGGUCAUCGAUAUCGAUCGGCUCUCGGGUCGUCCACUACAGAGUCACGCCAAAGCGCCCUUCAUGGCGACAUUCAAGGUGCAAAAGGAGCGCAGGGAGAUUGCGCCGGAGGCAACUGCAGUCGGAGCGGGUCAGGUCGCGAUGAUCAAGCACAAGUACGAUGUCUGGCAGUCGGCAAUCUUCAAGGUUGGGGAUGACUGCCGGCAGGAUGUGCUGGCGUUGCAGAUCAUUGCAAUGUUCAAGAAUGUGUUUCAGGGGAUCGGGUUGUUCUUGUAUCUCUUCCCGUAUAGAGUAACUGCCACUGCGCCGGGAUGUGGUGUGAUCGAUGUUGUACCGGACGCCACAUCACGGGACGAGAUGGGUCGAACACAGGUUAACGAUCUCUACGAGUACUUCAUCAACAAGUAUGGCUCGGUCGAUACUGUCACCUUCAAAACUGCCCGCUUGAACUUUAUCAAAUCCAUGGCGGCGUACUCGGUGGCGUGCUACAUCUUGCAGAUCAAGGACCGGCACAAUGGAAACAUCAUGAUUGACGGCCAUGGUCACAUUGUACAUAUCGACUUUGGCUUCCUCUUUGACAUCGGGCCGGGCGGGAUCAAGUUCGAGCCCAACUCGUUCAAGCUCAACCACGAGAUGAUCGCAGUCAUGGGCGGACGCGAUUCGGCGGGUUACAAGAUGUUUACCGAACUCACCGUCAAGGCUUUCCUCGCCAUCCGGCCGCACGCCGACCAGCUCAUCGACACGGCGCACCUCAUGCUCGGUACGGAACUGCCAUCGUUCCAAGGCGAACCAACCAUCAAGCGGUUGCGACAGCGGUUCCAGCUGCAACUGGGCGAAAGGGCAGCGGCGGAUUACAUGAUGGGCGUGAUCCGCAAUGCGCAUGAGAAUAUGAGAAGUGGGCUGUAUGAUAGAUUCCAGAAAUUGCAAAAGUGA